CGGCGAUCUGCAUGAUUAUAAAGGGUUCAAACAUAUCCGAAAAUCUGGGUAUGACUGGGUCAGUGGAUAAAACUUCCCUUCCUUACCUGGUGAAACUCAUGUGAUUCUUAAUUUCACUUUGUGACCUUCAGCACCUAUCCAGUGUCUUUUAAGAAUUUUCUCAUCCAGGGAACAGAUUCGUUUGCUUAAUAAUUGUAGAAAUGUGCAGAAUGGUGCCCAACUGUGAGCUGGAAACGGGGAUCGUGCCUGUAGUUUCAACCCAAGCAAAGGGUCUACAGGAGUGUUGGUCACCCAUUGAUUAAAGGAUUGAAUCCCCCAUGCUCCAGCCAGAUGGAGAAACCGAGGCAAAGAGGUUAAAGGAUCUGUCCUGAGCCCCAGAGUGUGUUGAUGUCUCUCCCCUCUCCCUAGACAUGUGCACAGACUACUAGACUUCUCUGCUCUGGCUGCAGGGAAGUGGGACGCCCCCUUGGCAAUCUGUCAGUGCCAACCUGAGCCGCGUCCUUUCUCUGGGUAUUUUCUAAGCUGGCUGACAGUCCUUAAAACAAGUAUGCAGUUAAGCUGCUAAGAGAUGGAGGAAGCUAGUUUGUGCCUUGGUGUUUCUUCAGCUGUGCCAGAAGCUGACGCCCAUCUCAACAGCACCAUUCUCAAUGGGCAAUAUUCAAUGAGUCAGAAGCUGCACCAGAUCACUUCCCAGCUCAGCCAUGCCUUCCCGGAGCUCCAGAACAGGCAGAAUCCCGAGGAGAAGGCGUCAGUGCCCCUGGAAGACAAGAGUCACAUGUCCAUAGCGAACCAGCCCAUCAGCAGCCAGAUGGCCCUGCUGGCAAACCAGCUCAACAGGGAGGUCGACACCAGCUUGAACGGGCGCGUGGAUCUGCAGCAGUUCUUAAAUGGGCAGAACCUCGGGAUCAUGUCUCAGAUGAGCGACAUCGAGGACGACGCCAGGAAAAACCGAAAGUACCCCUGUCCCCUCUGUGGGAAACGCUUCCGAUUUAACAGCAUCCUCUCGCUGCACAUGCGAACCCACACUGGAGAGAAACCGUUCAAGUGUCCCUACUGUGACCACAGGGCAGCUCAAAAAGGCAACCUGAAGAUACACCUGCGUACUCACAAGCUUGGGAACCUCGGCAAAGGCCGUGGGAGGGUCCGAGAAGAAAACAGACUUUUACAUGAGCUGGAGGAGAGAGCAAUUCUUCGGGACAAGCAGAUGAAGAGCAGCCUCUUGCAGCCACGGCCCGAUGUGAAAGCACAGCAGCACACCCAGCCGAUGCCGCUCGCAAACUGUAACUUGUCUGUGCCACCUAAUCACAGCACACCUGAUAUUUCAAACCCUGUUCCCUCUCCAAAGCCAGUCAGUGUCCAGGAAGAAGUUGUCGCUCAGACAGCCGGGUUCAGAUGCACGUUUUGCAAAGGCAAGUUUAAGAAGCGAGAAGAGCUGGACAGGCACAUAAGGAUCCUACACAAGCCUUACAAGUGCACUCUGUGUGACUUUGCUGCCUCGCAGGAGGAGGAGCUGAUCAGCCACGUGGAGAAGGCUCACAUAACUGCAGAGUCAGCACAGGGCCAGGGCUCCAACGGGAAUGGGGAGCAAUCCACCAAUGAGUUCCGUUGCGAGGUGUGUGGCCAAGUGUUUAGCCAAGCCUGGUUCCUAAAAGGCCACAUGAGAAAGCACAAGGAUUCCUUUGAGCACUGCUGUCAGAUCUGUGGGAGGCGAUUCAAAGAGCCUUGGUUUCUUAAAAACCAUAUGAAAGUUCACCUGAAUAAGUUAUCUGUAAAGAACAAAUCUCCUAAUGAUCCUGAAGUACCUGUCUCCAUCAGCAGCAUGUCCCAGGAAGCUCAUGCAAACUUGUAUUCAAGAUACCUGUCAUGUUUGCAGAGUGGUUUUCUUCCUCCUGACAAAGCGAGGUUAAGUGAACAAAAUCAAAUCUACAACAAAGGAGAUAUGCCCAUGAAAGAGAAAGAAGUCUUGGGGAAGCUCCUUUCACCCAUUUCUGGCAUUGGCCACAGUAUUGCUGAAGGGGAUAAACAUUCUUUAUUGGGCUGUCUCAAUCUGGUGCCUCCUCUGAAAUCCAGCUGUAUAGAAAGGUUACAAGCUGCUGCCAAAGCAGCAGAGAUGGAUCCAGUAAACAGCUAUCAGGCCUGGCAGCUUAUGGCAAGGGGAAUGGCCAUGGAACAUGGCUUUUUGUCUAAAGAGCAGCAGAUACAGCGCAGCCACGAAGACACUUUGGCAAAUGCUGGAGUUAUGUUUGAUAAGGAGAAGCGGGAGUAUGUGUUAGUAGGAGCAGAUGGCUCUAAGCAGAAAAUGCCUGCUGAUUUGGUUCACAGCACUAAAAUGGGCAAUCAGAGAGACUUGCCAAGCAAACUAGACCCUUUAGAAGGCAGUAGAGAUUUUUUGUCACAUGGUAUGAACCAGGGACUCGAUUACAACUUACAAAGUCAUGGAAACAUAAAAGAAAAGCCAACUGAAUGCCCGGACUGCGGAAGGGUUUUUAGAACAUACCACCAAGUGGUCGUUCACUCCAGGGUCCACAAAAGAGACAGGAAAGGAGAAGAUGAAAUAAUUCAAGGUAGUCUCGAUGAGCGGCGUGGGUCUGGAAGUGAUCAAGAGUCUCAGUCUGUCAGCAGGUCGACAACACCAGGGUCCUCUAACAUUACUGAAGAAAGCGGAGUAGGUGGGGGUCUCUCGCAGACAGGGAGUGCUCAGGAGGACAGCCCUCAUCCUUCCUCACCCUCCUCUUCAGACAUUGGAGAAGAAGCUGGGAGAUCUGUAGGAGUCCAGCAGCCAGCUUUACUGAGAGACAGGAGCCUUGGUUCUGCCAUGAAAGACUGCCCAUAUUGUGGAAAAACUUUCAGAACAUCCCACCACUUAAAGGUCCACUUGAGAAUACACACAGGUGAGAAGCCUUACAAGUGUCCACAUUGUGACUAUGCUGGCACUCAGUCCGCAUCCCUCAAAUACCACUUGGAACGGCACCAUCGGGAGCGGCAGAACGGAGCAGGACCGCUCUCCGGGCAGAGCGCAGGUCAGGAACACAAGGAUGAGACACCAAGCAAAAGCUCUGUGUUUAUUAGACCAGACAUACUGAGAGGAGCCUUCAAGGGACUUCCCGGCAUCGACUUCCGAAGCGGCAUGGUCUCACAGCAGUGGACGUCAGGAAUGCUGUCUUCUGGAGAUCAGCAAGGACAGGCAGCUGGCAUGUCAUCUGAAGGAUCUUCAGAAAAUAUGAAGGGCUCAGACAUAUCUUCCAAAGGAACACACUUCUCUGAACUUGGCCGUGCUUACCAGAACAUGGUCGGGAACGGUGUGAACUUUCAAGGGUCUUUGCAAGCUUUCAUGGACAGCUUUGUCCUAAGUUCUUUGAAGAAAGAAAAAGAAAUGAAGGAUAAAGCUCUCUCAGAUCCACUUUCGGCAAAAGCUCUGGGCUCAGAUGGUGGUGAGGAGAAGAUAAAUAGCAAGUCCUCACAGAGGAAAACAGAGAAGUCACAAUACGAGCCUCUGGACUUGUCGGUAAGGCCUGAUGCAGCCUCCCUGCCAGGCUCCUCUGUCACUGUACAGGACAACAUUGCUUGGCAUGGCUGCUUAUUUUGUUCCUUUACCACUUCAUCCAUGGAGCUGAUGGCUCUGCACCUCCAAGCCAAUCACUUGGGCAAGGCUAAGCGUAAAGACAUCAUAGGCAACAACAAAGAGCAGUCCAGAGAAGUUCCAGCCUCGGUGAACAAAGUGAGCUUGCUCCCCUCCUCUGUGCAGUCCAGCAAGGAGGCAGGAGUUUCAAACAUGCUGAGCCAGCUGGACUCAGCUCCUGAGAAAAUGACCCAAGGACAAAAUAAAGAGACCCUGGGAGAGCAAAAGAGUGCUGCCUGGCCCAGCCACAUGGAAUCCACUUUUUGCAAUUUUACAACAGACUUCUAUAAGCAGUUUGGUGUUUAUCCUGGUGUUAUUGGCACGGGAACACAAAACUCUUGCACCAGUAAUGAAUCCGAAAUAAAAACACAAUCCGAAGAAGACCCAAACAUUCUGCUCUCUGACUCUGUAAAUAAAAGUGCUAUUGAUGACCUUUCUGACAUAGCUUCAUCUGAGGAUAUGGAAUCUUCCAAGGAAGAAAACAUUGAAGAUGAGGACAUUGACACAGAACCAGAUAUUAUGAAUAAGCAGUUGUCUGCCCUAAAUAAAGAAAGCAGUGAAGGAGGUGACAAUAUACAAAGUGCAGUCACCUCACAACCCACACAAGGGCUUGUAUCACCACUGCCACAAGCUUCAGAAAAGCAGUGGCACAGUCAGAAUCUUCUCUCCUCACACGAAACUGCACAAGAAGUGAUGAAACCCGACCAAGUUCAGGGUCCGCAGGUCCUGGAGAAGCAGAUGAACAUGUUGUCAGUGCUAAGAGCUUACAGCUCUGAUGGCUUAGCAGCCUUUAAUGGACUUGCAAGUAGCACAGCAACUAGUGGAUGUAUCAAGAGACCUGACUUGUGUGGUCACCGGCCUUUCCAGUGCAGAUACUGCCCCUACAGUGCCUCUCAGAAGGGAAAUCUGAAGACCCACGUGCUCUGUGUCCAUCGCAUGCCUUUCGACAACAGCCAGUACCCCGACCGCAGGUUCAAGCGCUCCAGAGUGGACUCGGAGGCUGCCGGGAAUUCGGAGGAGCCGGCGGCGGCCAAGGGCAGCUCGGCAGAGCUGGCUGAGGAGGGCUCCAAAGCCCAGGAGUGAUGCCCAGCCCUGCUUGCAGCAGCCUGUAACCCUGGCUUUGGACACCAGCUUGGUGAGGGCUGGCUUAAACCCCUUCCAAGGAAAGGGAUGGCGUGCAAGUUCCCAGAAGGGUCCAGAAUGCUGAAAACAUUCAAAUAUAUGUAUAUGUACAUGUACCCACACAUGCACAUGUGUAUGUAUAUAUAUAUAUUUACAGGCACAGAGAUAUCCAGCCAUACCCACAUUGAAUAUAUAUCUACAUACACACACGCACACAAAAUACACACAUUCCAUAUGUGUGUGUGUGUGUGUAAAUAUAUAUCUUACACAUGCAAAAUAAAUUUCCAGCCCUUGAAAAUGGCUGCUAAACAGUUACCUGGCAACUAGUACUUCCAAACAAUGUAGGUGGGAUAAUACAGUGAUUUAAAAAUGUUAGAAGGUCGUUAGUUAUUUAAAAAAGCAGGGCAGUUUCAAACUUAAAAGUGGUCUUUGUCCAAAAAUAAUGCUCUUAACAGAAAAAUGAUACCCUCUAAACGAUUUAGUGUUGCCUUGAAGAUUGAGGGGCUGUGUUUUCAUUGUUGAAAACACCUUUAUAAUAUGACACCAGCUGCUGUCAUUUGCCUAGCAUAGUAAUGAGAUGUCUUGGUAGACUGCCAUGGUGCCAGUCUGACUGGAGCUGUCAUUGCAGAGAAAAUCAAUUCAAGUGGUGUUGCAACUGCA